CACUGAUCAAGCGGACCCACAGGUCAGAAUCUAUUUGCUUCCCCAAACCCCACCCUAACCAACAAUCACCAGCAACACCGCCGCCGCCGGUGACCGGCGCCGGCGAUCCCGAUGGGCGCGUCGGCCUCCGUCCUCUCGCUCCCAACGGCCGCCGCGCUCCCCGCAGCCGCCACCGCCGUCGCCGGGGCCGCAGGCUGCUUCGCGCUGGGCUACCUCCUCGCCCUCACCCGCCACGCCGCGGCCGUCAGCCCCGAGGGCGGCUCCGAUGACGAUUCCGAGGACGACUCGGAAGAAGAUGAUGACGAAAACUCCGGCCGCAGCCGUGCUGCGAAGCGAGCGGGCGGUCAGAAGAGGACCGGUCUCCGGCUUCUCUUCUGGGCGCGGAACGUGGUGACCAAGUCCGACUCCGCCAGGGAGGCGAAGAGAGCCCAGGCUCAGGCUGCCGCCAGCCCCCUGGAGAUCGAGAAUCUCGCCGAUAUUAUAGAAGAUUUCAAGAUGGUGCUGGUCGUCAGGAAUGAUUUGAAGAUGGGGAAGGGGAAAAUCGCUGCACAAUGCAGCCAUGCAACUCUUGGCCUGUUCAAAAAACUCCAACAGAGAGCACCAAAAUCACUAAGAAGGUGGGAACGGUGUGGGCAAGUUAAAGUAGUUGUGAAAAUAGAGAGCGAGGAAGAUAUGCUUGUUUUACAAGGGAGAGCAAAGUCUUUGAAUCUGCCAACUCACAUAACCAUAGACGCUGGAAGAACACAGAUUGCUCCAAAUUCAAGAACAGUCAUGGCCAUUCUUGGGCCAGCAGAUAUGGUCGAUGAUGUUACUGGUGGUCUGAAGCUAUUGUAAACUCACCUUAUCGGCAUUCUCAAGCACUCAACAUGGAUGUUAGGUGUGCAUGAAUUUACAAUCCACAUUGGACUCGCACUUCACUAAUCUGCUGCGGAAGAAUGAAUCUCGACCUCAGUGAUUGACUAAACCUUGUUGUCUGUGGAUUUAUUCAAAAGGAGGUUGCUUCUUUUUUACUUGUAUCAUCAAGUGUUGUCUUUGGAGCUCUGAUUUCUAUUCUGUUUUGGUGUCGAGAACAUAUAGACCAUUGUUUCUUCUGUAACAUAGAGAUAAAAAAAAGGUUCGGCUUGUCUCUUUCUUUGUUUA